UAAAUUGCCAUUUCCAAUACAGAUGUAAAUGAUGUUACCUAACCAGGUAAAAUUGACUUGAGUCCUUUAUAUAUGAAAGUUUUAAAGGAAUAGUAUAUCAGUCAGACAUUUAUUUCUUCUAAAUAUAGCUGCAAAUAAAUCAAGCUUGGAAGACACAGACAAGAGUUUUAGAGACAUAGAAAGAAACUAUGUUUAUGUCUUGGGUUCAGAUGUUGCUGUUUGUGUCUCUUCUAUUUCCAACAUCGGUUCAGUCUGAGAUUCGGCACUACAGUUUCACUGUGGUGUUGAAAAACACAACAAGGCUUUGUGCCACCAAGCCUAUUGUAACAGUGAAUGGGAAGUUUCCAGGGCCAACUCUUUAUGCAAGAGAGGACGAUAAUGUACUCGUAAAUGUCACCAAUCUUAUUAAAGACAAUGUUACAAUUCACUGGCAUGGGGUGAAGCAACUUCGAACAGGGUGGUCGGAUGGACCAGCAUAUAUCACACAGUGUCCGAUUCAACCGGGUCGGAGCUACCUAUACAACUUCACCCUUACUGGACAAAGAGGGACACUACUUUGGCAUGCACAUAUUUCGUGGCUGAGGUCUACCAUGCAUGGUGCCAUUGUUAUAUUGCCAAAGAAAGGUGUUCCUUACCCAUUUCCCAAGCCUGAUAAGCAAAAAGUAAUCGUAUUAGGGGAAUGGUGGAAAUCAGACGCGGAAGCUGUGAUCAACGAGGCACUCCAAACUGGUUUAGCUCCAAAUGUAUCAGAUGCACACACAAUUAAUGGGCACACUGGGCCAGUUCCUAACUGUUCCUAUGGAGGCGCAUAUAAUUUACAUGUGGAAAAUGGCAAGACCUAUUUGCUGCGAGUUAUCAAUGCAGCUCUAAAUGAUGAAUUAUUCUUCAAAAUUGCUGGACACGAUCUGACUGUUGUUGAAGUUGAUGCUGCUUACACUAAACCCUUCAAAACAGAUACAUUAUUUCUAGGUCCAGGGCAAACCACAACCGCCCUUCUUACAACUGAUCGGGGCAUUGGCAAGUACGUAAUAGCCAUUUCUCCAUUCAUGGACACCGUUGUUUCUGUUGACACCUUCACUGGAACAGGUUACUUAAUCUACAACAACACCCUUCCCUCUAUUCCGACUACCAUGACCACCAUGCCUCCUGUAAAUGCAACAUGGAAGACAUUAGUUUUUGCCGAAUCUCUUCGAAGUCUGAAUUCCAAACAAUAUCCAGCAAAUGUUCCUUUAACUGUUGAUCAUGCACUGCUUUUCACCAUUGGGGUUGGGAUUGACCCUUGUGCUACAUGCUCUAAUGGUUCUAGGGCUGUUGCAGCUAUUAACAAUAUCACUUUUGACAUGCCAACCAUUGCUAUCCUGGAAGCACAUUACUAUGGGAUAAAAGGGGUUUUCACCGAUGAUUUUCCUGGAAAACCCUUGAUGCCUUAUGAUUAUACCGGUGUUCAGCCAACCAAUCUACAAACAAUGCAUGGCACCAGGGUUUACAGAUUGGCCUAUAAUUCAACAGUGGAGCUAGUGAUUCAAGGGAACUCUAUGUUAGCCCCAGAGAGCCAUCCAACCCAUCUGCAUGGAUUUAACUUCUUUGCAGUUGGAAGAGGGUUAGGAAAUUUUAAUCCAGCGAAAGAUCCCAAGAAAUACAAUCUAGUUGAUCCUGUUGAAAGGAACACAAUAAGUGUACCAACUGCAGGAUGGACCGCAAUCAGAUUCAGGGCAGAUAAUCCAGGGGUGUGGUUUUUCCAUUGCCAUUUGGAAGUACACACAACAUGGGGGCUAAAGAUGGCAUUCCUGGUGGAGAAUGGGAAGGGGCCGGACGAGUCAGUGGUACCACCCCCGAGAGACCUUCCACAGUGCUAGAGUUAAGAUAAAGUUUCAUCAUGGCUUUGAGAAUCAAAGUUUGAGGGUAGAGAUAUCAAAUAUAUAUAUUUUUUGUGAUUGAAAAAGAAAGAAUAAAAGAGAUUUCAGGAAGCUAUUAGGCAGCAAGGAUGAUUAGUAAACAUUUUAAGUUAUACACACAUAACCUGAAUCCAAGUAAGACUCCCUUUUAUUUUCAA